AUGCAAUCCCAGGAAGUACGGCUUCGACUAAGCGAGGAGCAGGUGCAAACUGCAGCUGACCUUCUGGAGCUUGACAAGGAAGAUCUGAAAGAGCUUGGUCUCAACAUGGUUGAACGGAGACGUGUUCUCCGUUGGGCCUGCAGCCCAUCGCCGAUUGACUUCCUGGAGAGCCUGGAGAGUGCUGACGAUUCGCACAGUGCUGAAGGGCGUCCGCUCCAAGCUGCGGAGCAGGCCCUCUGCGAUUUGGAUAUGUGGUUCGCCCUUGCUGAUGCAACCUCUUUUCCGGUUAACAUCCGCCAAAUGAAGGAGUCCUUCAAAGAUGAUCCUCACAAAUUCCGGCAUGUGGAAGGCGAUGCAGCAAAGUCUGCUAUGCCUGAGUAUGACGCGAAGGACUUCUGCAUGCAUGCUCGAAGCAUCAGAGAGAACAUGUUGGACGAGCACUUCGACCUGACAGCAGAGCGGAUCCAGGAGAUUUUUUUGCGUGUCUCCAGCGGGAACGAGAUUCGCACUGCUGAAGAGCUUCUCGAAGGUCUGAGCAAGGUCGGCAUACACUGUCAAGAUGUCGCGCGUGUGGCCGCGCCAUUUCGCCUCAUCAUGGGCCAAAGGAGCAACCGAGGCUUGCAGCCCAUGGAACUGGACGUGAUUCUUUCUAGAUUGAAGCUGGCACAACUUUUGGGGCGCGGAGAAGGCAGCGUCAGCGGGAGCGUUCCCUCUGGUCGCUUCACUGUCGUGGACUACAACAUGCACAGAGCUGCAGUGCAGGAUCUGUCUGGUGAGAAAUUACUCAGAUUCUUCUUCGGCCAUCGAGCUCAGCAUCCCUCCCCUGACACGAUUCACCGUUGGAUCCACAUGCGGGGCUGUCACCUUAUUUUGCUGAUGGCCCUGAUGGUAAAGUACCGGCUUUCUCCACUUGGCGUGGAGGAUAUUAUUGAGCAAGGUCCGACGAAAGUCGGCGAGCAUGGCAACAACAUCUUUGUUACACUGGACUGGUUGCAAGUCGACCCUGCGUCAUCAAGACAGCGGGACGUAUUUGACGGCUCUGGUCCGGUGCAAAUUACCUGCUCGUACGUGUCUCUCAUAAUUUCUGCACCACAUCGUGCAGACACACUGAUCACCGUGGUGCAGCCCAACCGCUUGUUUGAGCAGGACUGGCCUGGUGCAGAAAACUCGAAGGCCGCCUUCAAUGACGCCUGGUCGGAGGCCCUCAUGGACCGGCUGAAGAGAUUGGCGUCCAGACUGGCAGAGCAUGAUGUCAGGUAUCUCGCGCAGCACAUUGUGCAGCUUUGUGUCGAUGAUUUGCUGUCGGUCGUCCGCGCUUUUGCCGCAAGACUCGACAGGCUGGAGGAGGACUUAAACCCCAAUCCCAGCACCGCCUCUAUGACAUCUUCCUGGGCAGCUGGCAGCCGGGUGCCGCCAGCCAGCUGGCUUUCAGAGGUCUCCCUUGUCCGGCUCCAGCUGGCUGUGGUUUGUCGACGCUUGCGCAAUCAUCGGCUGAUGCUGCGCAGACUGGUGGAGAGGGUCAGCGAGGCUGGCGUGGACAGAAGGCUGGCUGGCUACUUGCGGGACAUAGGUGACGAUGUCGAAGUUUCCCUGGAAGAUGCCGGGCACUUGAUUGACAGGUGUGCUGCUUUGGCUUCAGCUUACGACACCGUGGUCAACAGGGAGGCGGACGCACAAAGACGGCAGUCCAAGGAUGCUGCAUUGCAAGAGCAGGAGGAGCAGAAUCGCCACGCAGAGCGGCUGAAUGAUACUCUCUUCGUCUUGACCACCGCCACGACGCUCUUUGCACCCGUGCAAUUCCUGGCCGGUGUGUAUGGCAUGAACUUCGCAGUCGACGGUGACCCUACCAUUCCCGAGCUCAAGUGGGAGUACGGCUAUUUGUACUUUUGGAUCCUGGUGGUCAUCUACCUCAUCGGCAGCAGCGUGCUGGCCGUGAGAGUUUUCAGACGGUUGAGGAUCCAGCAGAAGAGCGCUCUUCUGUUCAGGAAUCGUCGCAGCACUUCAUGGACAGAGGCAGGCGAGAGUCGGCCGAACCUCCACGGACGUCCUUUUGGUGAAAGGGAGGAUUUCAGCGAUGCCACCUAUCAGGUAUGGCAGAUCUGGAUCCGUGGCUGGCCAGCCUGUCAGCAGAACUACUCGGGCGUCUACAAGAUGAUCCGUCACGUCGACCGCGAACGCUCGUCUUGCAUCAUCGACCAUGCGAAGAACUGGAUGGCAGGGCGCACUUCUGAGUUGACAAAAACCGUCAGCAGAUCGUGUGCUUUUCCUGAAUAUUGCGUGGCGGCCAUAAAACCUGGCAGCGCCGCUGGAGCAGACUGGCCAAUCCCGGCAUCAGUCAUAGCAGAGACCGCAAGGAAGCUCUUGCAAGAGCGAGUCAGCUCCCCCUUCCCUUGCAGCCGACUGGCUCUGGGAGCAACAGAUUUCGUCAAGGUCGAACAUCACGGGCCUCGCAUAACCGCCUUCUUCAACGCCAAAGCUCGCGAGGAUCAAGAAGGUCCUGAGGAGAAGUCGCCGAUGCGUACAGAGUCGGAGUCUGAAAACGAAGGCUUCGACUUGGGCAGCGAGGAACCCGUGACAGAAGUGCCGCCCGAGACCGCACAAGCGAAGGAGAGCCGCCAGGGCCAGGAUGUGCUUCCAAUCAACGUUGCCGAGUUCCAUCGCGCGAGCCGUUUGCACUUCCUCGGCACCUGGCGGGAGCGCUUCGAGCGCUGGCGCGCCGCCGGCGGAGGCGGAGCAGGGCCAGAAGUUCCAGAGCAAGCCGACCGACUGCGUCAGGAGGUGGUGGAGCUUCAGCAAGAUGAUGCCGAGCCUGUGUGGGCUCAUUUGGACAUGGAUUGCUUCUUCGCCUCCGUAGCAACUCGUGACAUGGCCCAGUCGGCCGGGACAGAAGCAGAGGAGGAGGUUCCCACAGCCGUGGUCUCUGGGCUGGGAGCCAGUUCGGAAAUAUGUUCAGCGAACUAUGCCGCUCGUCGCGCUGGCGUGAACACUCAUCUCUGGUCUGUUGAGCGAGCGCGGGCAGUUCUGCCAUCGUUGAGGCUGGUUCCAAUAUCAUCUGAGCUACUUCGCUCCGUUGAAGAGACCUGGAAGAAGGUAUACCAGCUGCUUGUGGUGGCUUGCAAAGACGAGCCAGACCAUGUGUUCAUGAGAUCUUGCGAUGAGGCCGCAUUGUCGGUGAAAGGAGUGCGAGAUCCCUUGGCUUGGGCAGAAGCCCUGCGCAAGGCCGUUCGUUUGCAGACAUGCUGUACCUGCAGCGUUGGCAUUGGGCCAAGCCAACUCGUCGCGAAGCUCGCGACGAAGGCCUGCAAGCCUAACGGACAGCGGAGGGUAUUGCAGAAGGAGGUCAGGCCAUUCAUUGCUGAUCUGCCUUUGCGGGACAUGCCCCAGGGUCCGUUUAUAGAGAUCCCGCAAGCUUGGGGCUCAAGGGAAGCAAAGGACCUUGCGAAGGUGGUUUAG